GCCGGUUUCUCCAUCUUCCUCGUCUGGACGGUGGUCUACAGACAGCCGGGGACGGCGGCCAUGGGGGGGCUCGCAGGCUUCUCUCAGAUCCUGAACUGGCAGCUGUGUGGCAUUGCCUGCGGGAGAGGCCCUAGCCCAGGGCUCUACAACCCAAAGGAGUUAAUCCGUGCCCAGUCUGACCUUCUACAAGCGGGAGGUGGCCCCAGAAGAGCCAAAGCUGCUUGGUGGUGGGGUGCUGAGUUGGGGGAGGGGUUGUAAGGGCAGGGCCACAUACCCUCUCCUCCCUGACUGGGUUCUGAGAGCAUUUGGAGUGGUCAGUCUUCCUUCUUCUUGGGGUGAUGCAUCAGCAGAUAUACUAACUCGUGAGCACCCCACUUCUGACUUGGCAUUUUCAGCCUAGAAAUUGCUGAGUCACGGGAGGCCAGCCCCAGCUGGCCCCUUCCCUGGAUACCAGGCGGGGCUGGUUUCUGGGACAGUCUGCCAUGAAGACCCUCGGCAUGCAAGGGUAGAGACCGUUCUGUUCCACCCUGGAGGGUGUCUGGGAAGAAGUAGGCUGGAGGAAAGGCAGUUUCAAAAGAAACGGUUGUUCUGAAGGGAUCCUGGAGGGGCCAUAGACUCCCGCUCAGGCCUAGUAGGCUAAGGAAAGAAUAGAGAAGUCACCACAGGGGACCUGAAAAGGCAUUGUACUUCCCCCUUGAACUGCAUGGGAGGGGACUGUGCUUGCAGGCCUUGCUGCCGGGGUGAGGGGUGACUGGAGAGGACUUAGUCAGGCCCCUGGUCCCUUUGUUGCUGACAGGCCUGCUGUGGGUGUGGGCUGCCUGGCUCCAGGCUCACGACCCUUGCCAACCUUGUCCCUUUCUUGCCCUUUGUCAGCUGUGAGCCCCUUGGGGCAGGGUGAGGGGUGGCUCUGGGGUGAGCCUGCAGGAUGGUAGCCUGGACACCUGUCCUUGUGCCCUCACUGUGCAGGCCAAGCUUCCUGGAAGCCAGAGUGUCCAGAAGGUCUAGAGCUGAGGGACAGCUGCCUGUGCCUGAAGUGUGGGGCGCGGGGAACUCCUGUUCCUCACUCCGCCACCUGGUCCAGUUGGUAGAGGAGGCUUCUUUGGCAAGGUCAGUAGUGGGAGCCGGGAUGGGGGGCAGGCCUGCUUCCAGACUUAGUUGGUGUUUGUCUGGAGGAUAAAGCCUAUGCACAGGAGUGACAGGUGGGUAAAGUUGUGCCUGGGACCUGCAAUACCCAGCAAGGCCAUCUUUUUCCUCCCGCUUCCCUCCCUCUGUGGUAUGUGGGUGUAUGUGAGCUGGGUUUUUAAGGGCGCUACUGGAGCCUGGCCAGUGCUAAGACAUGGCAUCUUCACAGGCCCCUAUUUCAGUGUUUUCUAACCCAGAAAUUGCUGAGUCAUGGAGGAAUUACUCUGACCUUAUUUUUCUCUGCUGGCUUCCAGAACCUCUGAGUGUAAAGAACCUUAGAGCUCAUCCUGGCCACCUCUCCCAUGGCAUGUGGCGGAGACAGAGGCCAGGUGUGCUGGCGCUCUGGGUCCUGGUGACCCACGUGAUGUACAUACAGGAUUACUGGAGGACCUGGCUCAAGGGACUGCGUGGCUUCUUCUUCGUGGGUGUCUUAUUCUCGGCCGUCGCCAUCGCCGCCUUCUGCACCUUCCUGGUGCUGGCUGUGACCCGACAUCAACGCCUCACAGAUCCCAACAGCUACUACCUUUCCUGCGUAUGGAGUUUCAUCGCCUUCAAGUGGGCCUUCCUGCUGGGGCUCUAUGCCCACCGAUACCGUGCUGAAUUUGCCGACAUCAGCAUCCUCAGCGAUUUCUGACCUAGGGGGUGAGGUCUCUACAUCCUGGGGGGCCUCUGCACCUGGACUCGGCCUCUGGACCUGGACUCGGCCUCUGAGACAUCAGGCAGGCCUGCCUCACCUUGUGGACCCCAAAACUGGGGCAAAAUACAAAGCCACAGGAUUGAGGUCUCAAGGAAAACUGCCACAUCCCCUCCAGGAAGACCCAAGUGCAGGUGCCAUGUUGGCCUCCCUCCACCCUGCUGGAGGGCCACGUUGGGCCUUCUCAGAUGGAUCUAUUUUCUUAGCACUCAGUGAGGAAUCUUUGUAAGCUGGGGCCAGGGUAACAAAUUAAGGGGUAGGACAGUGAGGUCCUGGGGUGUGGCCAGGGGCAGGUGGCUUGGUCCCUGCUGCCCGGCAUUCUCCCUCCAGCCAGGUUACACAUAGGGUCUCUGCUGGAGACAUCUCAACCCCCAGCCCCCAGGAAGUCAUCAGGGGGCUGUCCCUAGGGUGUGGAGUGUGUCCCUCCUGCCACCCAGCUUCACCCAGGGCUGGUCUGUGGGUGUCCCAGAAACAGCCAUCAUUGCCCUGCACACUCAAGUCACCUCUCUGACAUGCCCCCCCGCACCUAAAGCGAGACUCCCAACAAGGCCGGCCCAACGGUCUUGGGGAAGGUGCUCCUGCCCCAGCAGGGCUUUGGGGAAGAGGGCGGCAGUGGAGACCCAAAGGAACCCCUCAACCUCAGGCCUGUAUUCCCACCCUACCUCCCCACACCUGCCCCCAGGACACGCUGGUCCCUCACAUGAGAUGACACCCCUGUUCACAGCCUGUUUCCUGAAAUUUUUAUCUUUUAAAAACAUCUCCCUUCUGAUGAACAGACCCUGCCUCUCUGUCCGCACCCCAGCCUGGGACCCAGCUGACCUGAGGGGGGCUGCUGCUGCUGCGUGUCUCAUGUUAGGGGUGCAUACCCACCCCUCCCUGCAGGUGUAGCCAGCCCCAGUUCUUUUGCCUUAUCUGUGUCACUGUCACUUUAGCAGAAAUACAGUGGUCAUCAGUGUUAAGACAGCUUCCAGCUGUUGCUCACAGGUGGGACCUGAGCGGGGGGAGGGAGGGGGGAGGGGUGCUGUGCAGGGGGGGCGAGAUGGUGAUGGUUCUCUAGUAUGAGCCAUUUCCUCAGCUCAGACUGUGCGCAGGUGGGCAAAGGGGGUCAGAGUCUUGGACUGGAGGCCUUCUCCCUCUGGCCCCUCUUGGCUCAGGGGCCCACCAGCUCUCCUCCUCCAACCCCCAGCCCUAGGGUGAGGAUACCCCCAGCACAGCAUUUAACCCCCCCCCAUGGGAUUUUAGGUCUGUCACGAGGCCAGGACAGAUGAGAGUGGCAAGAGCCUCCUUCCCUCCAUUCUCUUGGGUGUGGGGCCAAGCCUGAGGUCAUGAGGCUGCCACUCCUGCUAGUUGGAGAAGGCGGGCCGACCAUUCCAAACCCUAAAAACAGAGUGCUGGCAGCCUGCACCUUCCUGCCUGCUUACCCUGAGUGAGCCUGCCAGGGCCUGCCGCCUCGCCCGUUUGUUCUGGUCACAAUGCAUGUGUAAGAAGUCAUGAUGCGUCACAGCAGGAAGGAACCAUAACUCGUAUGUACUUGUAGAGCCUUAGCUGGCGCUCAGGGCCCAGGCGGUGAUCUAGCUGAGCCCCCAGCUGGGGCCUGCACCCAGGGAAGGCUCAGGGCCUGAGCCUUAGCAAGCUAGGCUGAGCGUAUGUGCAUGGUCCACAGGCCUCUGUCCAUGAAGCGGGCCAAAGCUGCCACCUCCUCACGCCAAGGUGGGGCGAGCCGGGCACCAGAAUGUCUUCAGAAUGGACUCCUCCUGCAGGACGGCUGCCAGCAGUCAGGGAGCUAGAGAGAGCAUGGCCUCUCACCAGCCCAGUCCCGUACGCUGCCCCCAAAUCCUAUCCCACUGUUUGCCCACUGCACACCCCUACUGAGGCCCUUCACAUGCAUCUUUAAAGCAAAUAAAACAUUUAUUGUUCAGA